GACCCCGGCGGCGCGCGGGCGGCGGGCAGGGAGGGCGGCCGGCGGGCAGCGGCCCCGGCCCCGCCGCGCGCACCGCCAUGGUGGGCCGGCUGAGCCUCCAGGAUGUGCCCGAGCUCGUGGACACGAAGAAGAAGGGCGACGGCGUCCUGGACAGUCCGGACUCGGGGCUGCCCCCCAGCCCCAGCCCCAGCCACUGGGCUCUCGGGGCGGCCGGGGGCGGCGGCGGCGGGGACCGGGCUCCGGCCCCCGGGGCGCUGGAGCCCGACACGGCGGCCACCCCCGCGACCCCGAAUCCAGCUUCUCUCCCCAACCCCCUGGGCUCCAGCUGCUCGCCAAGGUUAUGCCCCCUGUCCUUUGGCGAAGGAGUGGAGUUUGACCCCUUACCACCAAUGGAAGUAAGGUACACGUCCUCGGUCAAGUAUGACUCAGAGCGGCACUUCAUCGAUGACGUCCACCUGCCCCUGGGCCUGGUGGUGGCCUCCUGCAGCCAGACCAUCACCUGCGUCCCCAGUUGCACGUGGCGCAGCUACAAGGCCGAGGUGCGCUUUGAGCCCCGCCACAAGCCCGCCCGCUUCCUCAGCACCACCAUCGUUUAUCCCAAGUACCCCAAGACCGUCUACACCACCACGCUGGAUUACAACUGCCGCAAGACACUGAGGAGGUUCCUGUCCAGCGUGGAGCUCGAAGCCACAGAGUUUGUGGGCAGCGAUUACCUGUCGGAGGAGAGCUGACUGGAGCAGGCUAGGGGGCUGGCCUGGCUUUCCCGUCCAGGUCGGGUUGGGCCAGGCUGCCCUCGUGUGUCAUUCCAGUCCCAGAAGAGUCUAACCCAGAGAUACCUCUAAGCCCAGCCUGGGGAAUUAAAAAAAAAAACAAAAGUCACAAUAUCUUCUAAUUAUUGAAAGAAUUUGAUUUUUACUUUUUUUUCUAAUCAUUUUUAAAAGGAGUAUAUUUCCUAGUUUGCUGCUAUGUAGCUUCCCCGGAGUCUCAAUCUGAUGAGAAAGUACAAGGAUGGCUAGAGCAAAAGUAAAAUGGCCACACUUUGAAAUAGGGUGGAGGGGAGAGCUCUUCUUCCAUUGGUCAGUUUGUCUGAGGAAGAGCGUGAACAAAAUCUCUGAGAUGGAAAAAGUGAGUCUGAAGAAAUUUCAGCCCCCAGUGUCUUCACUGCUAUGAAAGUGGUGCUAAUUCAGUGGGCUGUGACACCCAUAUGGGUUCAAUCUGUGGAGAGUUAAGUUCCAUUCCGUUUUUUUUAAAUUUCCAUUUGUAUUUCCUGCUAACCAAAACUUGUGGGAUUCUCUAAAUCUUUUUUGUAAUAUCGAAAAACCCCAAACCACAAUAUAAGAUGCCUUUCAAAAAAGAAAGAAAAAAGGAAGGAAGAAAGUAAAUGUUCACCCUGUUCUUGCCUCUAUAGUGGGGUCAGGUCAACUGGUAGCUGAGUUUGGGGGCAACAGCUUGGUUCUGGUUCCUUCUGCAGGUGGGUUCCAAGCUCGGGCUCUGGUGAAGCGCCUUGAACCCUCGGCACCUGUAACGCCUCCACAGGCUUGUGUCACUCUCCUCGUGUGUAUUUUGGGGUUUCCAAAUACUUUCCUAGUUUUUUCACAAGGCAAAACAUAGCAGAGGGUCCUUUGGAGAGAAAGGGCAUUUUGAAAGAAUGCUUAGGGAAAACCCUCUUGGGGAAGUCCACGAGAGGCCUUUCACUCACGGUGAGAGCCGACGGCCACACCUAGGACUUGACGUCCCCGGGGAGGAGGUGGACAUAGAUGUCUCUGGUGAUCUGGUCCAUCAGAGUGAGUGUCCUUUCCCAUGACCUUGGGUCAGCACUGCACAGGAAUUCUGCUGGUGCCUGAGGUCUAAGCGAAAAAGCAAGGAAAUCUGCCCCCCGCCCCCAACCCAAGUGAAGCAAAGGUGAACCGAACACAGGGAAUGGUGUCACAAGUCAAACUCCAAAGCCUGAGCUCUCUGUGACUAUAUACGUUUAAGCGUCCGUUUUAGUGUGACAGUCAUGGCAUUGGGUGUGAAGGGAAGAAACUGUGUGAAUUCAGCUGAAGAGGCCACAGACACGGGGACACAGGCUGGGCCAGGCCAGGAGGGCACGGAGGCCAGGCUGCCUCUGGCCUUCAGCCUCCUGCCCGCCUUGCUUCACACUCCACCCCACCCUGCCUCACCCGGCCCAUACUUCUUCCUCCUGCCAGUCCCUGUGGGGUUUGAGUAAAGAAAGUGGCAGAUGGCUUUUGCUCUUCUGAUAUUGGGGAGAACAAAACAAUGGGUAUUUCCUCUGCAUCCAAAUUGUGUCAAGUGCUUGGGGCUUGCAGAGUCCUGAAGCUCAGACUCCCGUUGUUAUCUCCGGGUUUCUGCUGCUGGCUUCCAUCUGUCCUGAAAGCAGAAUUGAGAGCUCUCUGGGUACCCAGGAGCCACAGCAGGGACUGUUGUUCUGAGGACAGCAGAUGUGAUGGUAAUCACUGCCAAAGUCAUCAGAGACCUGGAGGGCCAACUGGUCUGCUCCCCUCUUCAGGUGGAACAGUGUUUAGUCCAUGGUGCGCCUGAUUGGAAGCAUCCCUUCCUUGGGGGCUGUGAUCGGCUCCAUGGUCCCGAGUCUGCCGGGUUGAAGCUCAGCUGGGACCCCUGGAGGGGGUGCUCUGAGACCCUGUAGUCUCCUGUCUUCAGUGCAGAGCAGCUUCCUGCAUUUGGAAUAGUGAAUUACACAGCAUUUUUUGAUUAAAAAUGGAUUUUUCUCUCUGAUUUCAUAUUCUUGUCAUUUAAGACAAGUGGUAAAUGUAAUUUUUAAGCUAUGGUAAGAGAAUUCCCAAGGUUUUGCUCUGGCCCAGUGGAGACACUUGAUGAGCCCAGGACAAUGUCUUGGGCAGCUCGGCCAGAGAGACGAAGGGGAGAGAACGUGUGUGUGCCUUUGAACACAGCCCCGUGUUGAGAUGCACGAAUGAGAUUUUUGGAUAUGAAAUAUAUCAGUAAAGUAAGUAGAAGUGAGCGGCUGUGCAUGUGGCAUGUGAAUGGAAAAGCAGAUUUUGUUUUGUUAAGUUAUUCACUAGGGACCCAACUGUAGUUCUCUCAAAUCCUUUCUUUUUCUUCAAAUCUGCUUUGCUGAAAGUUGCAGAAAAGGAAGCACGUGAAGACAUAAGGGGACACGUCAGGGUGAGUUGAAUCGUGGUGGAUUCAUGUUAGUUUGCAAGGCAGAAACUAUGAUUUUUAAAACCCACUGAUUAAAAACAAACAUUCCUAAGGGUGUCUGGGAAAUACCGUUUACUUACGAGUUAAAAAGACUUUCUCUCAGACUCCUAAAUUAUGUCUUUUAUGUAAUAAGGAUGAUUUGUAUUUCCAGAGAAGAGUUUUCUUUUGAAAUCACAGGCCUUUGAAAAAGAAGAAAGUAUCUUUUCAUUUGACACGUUUCCUGUUUCUCACCUUAGGAACAGUAUUUGACGAAAACGAUUUCUUAAGUUUAUCUUUGACAUCUGUCCCACUCCAUUUUGC